AUGGAUUCCCCGGUGGAGGAGACGGAGCUGGACGUGGGGUCGGCGAGCGACGAGGUGGAGUCCGUCGAACCCAGGGCGAAGCCGACCCCCAGGCCGUUCACUAUAGAGAGUCUCAUCGGCACCAUGGGCCAGGGCGAGACGCCGGCGAGGAGUAACCUCGAGGACGAGAAAACCGGAAACGAAGAGGCGGAGAGAGACAGAGAGCUUCUUUAUCAGCAGCAUUGUCUGGCCACGGCGACCAGUGCUCUGCCAGGGUUUGCCAUGCCUCUUGGACUGUAUGGAGCGUGGUUGCCGAUGAGGAUGUACGGUGGAGGCGCACCUGGGGGACCCAUCGUCCCCCCUCACCUCUCGGCCACCUAUCCUUCGCACCAGAACCACCAGAAUCAUCUGUCUCAUCAUCCAGGGAUUGGGUUGAACCAUCUUCAAGGUGCCGCGUACCCUGGACACCUUGGCAGCCAGGUGGCAACCAAUCUGACCGACAGCGACGACGACGGAAGCUUGUCGCCGGCGUCGCCGGUUCACGACCUCUCCAAAGGCCAGCACGGCCCAGAGAACGGCCGCGUCUCGGCGGAGAGCGAGGACGAGGUCGGCGGCGAGAACGUCCCAGGAGCGGCGACUUCCGGUUCCGGCGGGAGCUCCAGCAGCAAAGCUCGUCGACGAAGGACGGCCUUCACCUCGGAACAACUCCUGGAGCUCGAGAGGGAAUUCCAUGCUAAGAAAUACCUGAGCCUGACCGAACGCUCGCACAUAGCGCACGCCCUGAAGCUGUCGGAGGUGCAGGUGAAGAUCUGGUUCCAGAACCGGCGUGCCAAGUGGAAGAGGGUGAAGGCGGGUCUGACGACCUCGGGAGCGGGUUCGGCGAGCAGGAGCACCGGGGGCCAGCAUCCCGGAGGAGGGCCCAGGAUCGUGGUGCCGAUCCCGGUGCACGUAAGUCGCCUGGCCGUGAGGUCUCACCAUCAUCACCUGGAGAAAUGUCCGCCCUCGCAGAGCAACGGGGGACUGAGACCGACCUUGAACUCCGGGUCCUUGAGCGGGAGCCUAAGACUUCAGGGGUGCAAAGACCUCGAAGAAGGUGUUCUCCAAUCUGCGGCACAGAAAGCUGAAGAGAAGGCGGCUGAUAGGAACUCUGCCGAUACAGCGUGCGGCACCGAUGCUCGUUUUGUAAGUACCAAAAGAUCGGACAUGAAUUUUGAAGAGGAGUCUGGCCGAAGACGGGAGGACGAUGGAAGUCCUGAAAGGGUCGAGAGGUAA